GUUUGUAGUAAGUCAGUUGUGGUUUAAAAGCAACGGUGAAAAUUUUCACACACUGGGCCUAAAAGAGUAAUUUUUUCAUUAAAGUGAUUGUGGUGAUGGUUAUGAUGAGUGAAAAUUGUUGCCGUUAGCUCUUAUCUGUACCGUCGAAGACAUGAGUCAAAAAGCCUCACGUCGUGGCCGUCGUCACACCAGCGAGGAGGAGACGUCGUCAUUCAAAUCACCAACACCGAAACCGAACGGAAUUGAAGAAACGCCUCCCGAACUUACACCUCCGACAGAAGAACCAGUGGUUGAUGCUCAUCCGCCACCACCCUCGCCACUAGAAGAAUCUCCCAAAGAACCGACGCCAAAAGAAGUGACAGAAAAUGAAAACAGUAUCGUGACCAGAAGCCGCUCGGCGACGCCACAAGUAAAGAAAGUAAACGGACAUGAAGAAGAAGAGCAAAAGACCGACGGGGGAGAUGUUUCGGAGGCAGAUUUGGAGCCGGACCCGUCAAUCGCAACUGAUGAACAGCACCCGGAGUUGAUGUUUGAGGAAAACUCGGAUUUGGAAUCCGGGAAAGGCUCGCCGGUGCUUAGUCGGUGCAAGACUCGAAGGUCGAUCUCGCGGAAUAUUCCAACGCCGAAAACUCCCAAAUCAGUGGAGAGCGAAGUCGCCGUUGAAGAUGAGAUGAAUGCGACGUUUGAGUCGUGCUCUGAGGACACCUCCACGAAAGUGCAAGUCGGGGGAGACUCCACCCGUCUGGAUUACACGGACCGCGAAGAAGGCAAUAGUUUUUUUCUUCAGGAAGCAAAGAAUAAAUCCUUUGGAGAGACCUUGAGACGCCUAUCGACGAGGAGAACUAUCAGACCGAUCAGUGAAGAUUACAGAAAAAGACUGCUUCAGAAUAAUGUAGGGAAGAAUGAGUAUCCGAGUCGGAAUAGUGUGGAGAGAAUAUCGGCAGUGGGGAUCAAGAGGAAAAGCUGCAGCCGCGAGGCGGAAGAGUGCACCAAAAGGUUCAAAGGUGACUCGCCAGGAUUCUUUGCCAGGUUAACGAGUCCCUUGGCGAGUUUCAGGAAUCCAUUUCGCGCCGAUAUUCCGUCUAGUACGCCGAAAUUGACGGGGUACAAGGAUGAGAAGUGUCUCAUCGAAGACGAUUGUGUUAAUUCGCAAAUGUGUGAAGUUAAAGAUGGAGAAAGGCGCUGGUGCUCGAUUAUGUAAAGUUUUUUGAUUACGAAGAUUAAAUACUCUGUAUUUGUGGUACAAGUACAAAAUGUUUUAUGUGUUUGACCAAUCAUAAGCGACAUUUAGAAAACUGAUUUUUAUUUACUGAUCUUACUGGAUUUUAGGAUAGGAGUCAUAUGUAAUAGUGAUUUGGCGUAACAAUGUUUUCUUUAAAUAUGUUGGUUACUCUUUAUAAUAAAAUUAUACAAUAAAAUACAGUUUUUAAAAAUU